GUUUCUGAUUGUGUAGUCACCUGCUAUAUAAGGCCCUUCACACACCUGCUCUAAUCCUCUGCUGGGAUCCACCUUCUGUGGGCAGUCUCCAGGACAGACUCUGAAGGCUUAGAGCUGUACAGCCACAGUCCUUGUCCUUGUGAGACACCAGAUCCAGCACCAUGAAAGGCAUCCUCCUUACCUGUAUCAUCGCGGCACUUGUGGUAACAGCUGUAGAAUCCCUGAGUUGUGUGCAGUGUAAUUCAUUGACAAACUCCUGUGUCAACAGCAGCAUCACUGGGUGUCCCUCAAGUGCCAAUGUCAGCUGUACCAGUUUCUUGGCCAACUCUUCUCUAGCGGCAGCCAUUGCAUUAUAUCAGGAUAAGGCCUGCUCUGCAGAGAACUGCAGGGAAGGAAGAGACAUGGUUGAAGCUUUCACUGUCCACGUGUCUGGUGAAGAACGUUUUCACUUUACAAGCCAGUGUUGCCAAGGGAAGGAGUGUAAUGACACCAGUGAUGCUCUAGCUCCUCUACAGGAAGAUAUGUCCAACAACACAGAGUGUCUUGCAUGUUAUGGAUCUAAUGAAACUUCCUGUAGUGUGAAAUCCAGGAAAUGUUAUAAAGAAGAACGGUGUGUUAGUCUAGUUGCAGAAUUUAAGACUGAGUCUAAGACGCUUGUGCUGAAAGGCUGUUCCAACAUCAGUAACUCUACCUGUCAGUUCCUAUCUUCUGAGAACCGGACAAUUGGAGGAGUCAUCUUCCGAAAGUUUGAGUGUGUAGACAGUGCCAACACCUCCUCAACCGCCAUUCCCAAUGCAACCUUGACCACCCCUCCUGUUGGCAGCUCCUCAACACCCAUCUCCAAUGAGCCCACCACCCCAGAUAUGGGGUCCAAAGUCUCUUUCACCCCUGCAGCCUUUGCCAGCCUCCUUCUGCUGAGGCUGCUACUCUGA